AUGGAGAAACUAAAUACUAUCCCUACAGUACCACUAAAUAAGGUUGUAGACCCAAACCAGCACUCUUCAUUGAGCCGAAAUCCACUUAUAUUAAAGGAGAAGCACAAUUCCGACUACUCAGCCACAAUUACAGAUGAAGAGGUUGACCAAGAGGAGAAUGAAGAGCUGCGUAGGAAGCAAGUUGAUUUCCCACUCAACAUGUGGGGUAGCCUCGAAGCUAUCAAAGAGAAUAGUAAAUAAGGGAGCCAACAUCUGAGAUGCGCUGAUCAAUUUUACCAAAACAUUCCAUAGAGCUUAUGACACCUACAGAUCUACACUUGAGAAAUCUCUGAAAAUCUUUGAGAACGAAAUGCUGAAAUUCUGCACACUCGACACUACCAUGAUUUGAAUGUCUUCCUUCAGCGCUGAAAUGAAGAACAUGCUUUCUGACAUGAGAGGGAAACUAGACGAGUUUGAUGAUUUGUUAUACAUCCCUUCUCUUGUAUUUACAAGAAAGUAUCAAGCUGAGAACAAGCAACAUUACGAUCAUUCUAAAAAGUACCUCCAAGAAAUUGAUGCUGCUCGGAGAGAAGUCAAGAAAACCAGAGAAAGAUAUUUCAAAAAUUUUGAAACCCAAGCUAAAAGUGAAGAAGAACUAGAACGAAAGCAGAAGCAACAGGAGGAAACAAAGAGGGAUGACAGAAAUUUAGACCUAGAACAUAAAACUGAGCUCUCCUUUCAAGAGUAUAAACAAGAAGUUGAGUUUUUCAAUAUCUUGAUCCAAGAGGCUGAUAAUGAGUACUACCCUGCUUUAUCAGCUUUGCAAGCUCAAGAAGAGAAGCGAAUAAAUUUCGUCAAGCAUACCAUGGAGAAGUUCUUGGAUUAUUACUCCCAGUGCCACACUGUCCUUCUUCUGAAGGAAGAAAAAUUUAACGAUUCUGUUAAAAUGAUAAAUCAUCACACUGACCUCCAAAUAUUCGUUGAUGAGAACAGAACGAAAAGUCAAAAGAAAGCUCUCCUCGGAAAGUUGGAAGUAGAACUUUAUCAACCGAAAAGAGUGAGCAAUGCUUCCAAUGAAAAUGGUUGCCAACCUAGCACUGACACCAGCAGUUUUGAUGCAAACCCAUUUGAAGAGAAUAGCAUCUCACAAGAGGAAAUCGAUAAGAAUGUCCUCUUUGUUCAGCAGAAGAUAAAAGAUAUGAUCAAGAAUAAAUCAGAGCUUAAGCAAGAAGACAAAGAAGAUAUCUUAAACUUUGUCCAUUUACAUGAAGUCAACCUUAGAAUCUCUGAAGACUUGAUGUCCAUCACUGACGUGAAAGAGAGUCAUGUGCUGAAGGAUCUUAGUGACAUCGUGAAUAUUAUGAUAACAGAAUCUACAAGUGAUAAGCACAACGGCUUUAAGAUCAUCAACAAUGUACUUCAAUGUUCUUCUACUAUUUACUGUAAGAAACGCCAAGCGGAUACUCCACGAGUUAGGAAAGACUAUCUCGCGGAUUUGAUCUUGCCUCACUCUAUCUGGAAAGAACCAAGUUUAUGGAAAUACUGGAUUUAUAAUUGCAUUGUUGAAAAAUAAACUUGAUAAGAUUGACAAAAAGAAGAUUAUCAUUGAGGAGAAGUAUAAAUAAUCUCAAAGAACAGGCUGAGAAAGAUGACCCCAAUGCAAGUAUGAUGUCUAAAUGGCUAUCAAGAAUGACCAAACCACUUACUUCUUUCGAGCUUGAUCAGGAAGAGAGGAAAGAAAUCGAGCAGCUAGAAGAAACAGGAUGAGACCAUCGAACUGUAAUGAACAUAAUGUUCAAUGUCCUAUCUGUCUAUCUGAGACACCUUUCGCAAUUUAAAGUACCUCUAGAUAUUUCUAAGCAAAUUAUCUUACACUUCUGUGAAAAAUAUGAGCUUGACAAAGACAGGACUCAGUUAAUUCUCUCUGAGCUUGAAUCUACAUACUCUACAGGUGGCUUCACAGAUCAAGAACAGAUGAGAGUAAUCAUACAAAGAAGGCAAACCCUAAUGGAAACUCUUGAGAAUGACUCCGGUCUUGUUGUUCUCUACUUAAUUAGUGAGUACUUUAACUCAGAUAAAGAUUUGAUGAAUAUUCUGAGUCUAAAUAAAUCUACACAAAAGUUUCUAAAGCCGAUUAUUUACAGAAGAUGCUUACUAAAUGCUCGUAAGAAUGUUUCACAAGAGAAGAGAUCUUUCCUUUGGAAUUAUUUUCUAAAAAUUGGGGAGGUCAAGCUAGACUAUAUUGCUUUACGCGAUAAAAUCAACCAGAAUCCUCAGAUGAUUGAAAAAGCUGAAGAGAUCAUCAUCCUGGAUGUUCAAAGAUCCUUUAAUAAUACUGCUGCUGUUAGUCAAGAAAAUCUCUCCAAUAUUCUGAAAACUUACGCUUUCUAUAAUCCAGAAAUAGAGUACUGCCAAGGUAUGAAUUUCCUUGCUGGAUUUUUCUACUUCUAUUACAAAGAUGAGCAAGAUGCGUUCAAAGCUCUGCUAGCAUUGAUAAAGAAGUUCGAUCUGACAGAGCUAUUUAACGCAACUUUACCACGACUAAAGCUAUAUUUCUAUGUGCUUGAUCGGUUGAUUUCCUUGUACCUACCAGAUUUGCAUGAACAUUUUAAGAAUGAACACAUAACAUCCUCACUGUUCUCCUCUGCCUGGUUCAUCACAUGCUUCUGCACAGCUGUGACAAAUCAGAAGACACCAGAGCUCCAUGAAAAUCUGGUCUUCUUCUGGGACAAUUUCGUAAUAGAUGGAUAUGUAGUCAUUUUCCAAACAGCUGUUGUUCUCCUAGGACUCUUCGAAGAAAAGAUCCUUGAACUUAGUUUUGAAGAAAUUUUGAAUUAUAUAGCCGAUAUCCCAAAAGCCAUGUUUUCAAACACUGGCAAGAGCGAUGAGAUUCUCCAAGAAGUUGAGGGAGAAGAGAAUAUUGUUGAUCAAAACUUGAUAGAUAUAGAAUAUGUUUCAGAUCUCCCUCUAGUUAGUCAGAAUUCAGAGAUAAAUCCUGAAGUUGAAGAGAUUGUGAACAGUUCUGAUUUUCCAAAGUUGUUGUCAAACUCCCCUAUCAGUAAAGAGCUGAUAGCAAAGAUCGAGCUUGAGUACAAAGAGAAUGAGAGCCAAAGAAUGUAUUAUUAAGUGUGUCGAUUCUCUCUAAAAUGAAAAAUUACUUGUGAAGUGUUGUAAUUUUUAAGGUCGGAUGAUAGAUUAGUGAAGGAUCAGAUGCUG